ACUCACAAUCAUCUCAUCUUCUAUCAGGCUUAGAUCCAGAAAUGUGAUAAUUAUGCAAUUAUCGAUUUUAGAUACUUUGAUUGAUAAGUUAGAGGGGUCGAGUUAAGCCCGUGAUCGAGGGGACAUAUCAUGUCCACAAACCCUAACGCUGGUAUUUCCGGUUCAAGUAAACGAUCUCGUCUCAGCUCAAGUCUGGGCUCGCGCUCGCAUCUAUUGACAGUUACUGGGUCUCUUUUCGAAGGCGCAACUUCGAGCGCACGAUGGCAGAAAUUUCGUGCGAAGAGAAGAAUGAGAAAGAAUUAAAAAAACAAGGUCUUGUAGACGAGCAGGCAAGCCGAAAUGUCAAAGGCACCGCCUCCCGCCGAUCCGUCGCCAGAAUGACCCUCGAAGAAUUUUCCCAUCACAAAGAAAAAUGCUCCUCAUGAGUGUAAAAACAACUACAAGUCAAUCUCGACCAGUGUAUUCACACCUUUGCCAACCGUAAAUUGCCCCCGUGUGUCGAGUUGUUGGUUUCGUAGAAUUUUUAAAGUCGCAGGCCGUGAAACCCCCUUAACCACAAUAAGUACAAUGUGAAGGUAGAGUACCACGGCACCUCGAGGUAUAGUCCUCCAAGCGAGCCGGGAUUAAAUUAACUGUUUUAGCUAACAAAAAGCAAGUGUUCUGCUUCAGUAGAGCGUUUAAGAGAUGUAAAGCGAAUGAGGUUUUUUGUACUAGGGUAUCGAGUGAAAGCGCACGCGAUGACGGUAUUGUUAGACAUGACGACCACGAAUCUCAUCUGGUAUGUUCUCGUGCGCUCCCUGUAAAAGCACGAACAAGUAGAAGUUAUGGCGGUUGUUAAUACAACUUGUAGGAGCCGUCGAAUAGACUGACACGUUUUGAUUCAUCCGCAAAGAUAUAAUUACAACAGUAGCGGUUGAUAAACACUAAACGUAGCCCGAGGCGGUAUCGCGGCAUAAAGCUCUGCUCACACUGUUAGGCACACGUCUGUAUAAAACACUCAAGCAGCGAGGAAUAUUGGCCUUAUUAUCGCGGCUCUAUUCCAACAGUACGGCCCUCCUCUUGGGUUUCCUAGCUUUAGAGUAACGACGCAAAUUAGGAACCUCAUAGCAGAGCGGCUCGUUUGCUUGCAUGGUAGAAGCUUGGGGCCUCAUGACAAUAGCACAAAAAGACACGGAAACCUGAAGUCUCUUUCACCUGAGUGAACACAUAAAUGAGUUUAGACAUGGAGAAAAUGAAUGCGUUUCAAGCUUGAGAAAUCACGGUGAUGACACAAUUUUCUCCUUUCUCACUAUUCGCGCAUCGUGGAGACGCUAGUGAUACGGCUUUGCAAAAUAACAGGCGCAUAAUUCAUCCUUUCUUUUUUGGAAUCUUUGAUUCCCUCACUUUGUCGCUGAGCUCCUGUUUUCCGAGUAUGACAUUUCAAUCCAGGAGUCACGAGAAAUACGAACCCAUCUCACUUGCUGUUUUUUAAUUUCAUUCACUGGCUUCUACGUCGAAAAAAAUCUUUAAAUUUCCUCAUAUUGUUUGACCAAGAAGCACACCGAGAUUUUACCAUUUCAAAUUAUCCCACUUCACCCAAAUGUGUUCCACUGCAGUGAUGUUUCAAGUGGAGCAUUUUGUGGUUUCAUUGUCGGGCUUCAAGCGUUGGACGUCAACUAAUCUCUGCAAGCGCCAGAGAAAGAUAAAGAUAUAAAAUCAAAGCUGUACGUUUUAAAGACUCCGAAAUAAUAUGUCUUAAAGGGGCGAAAUUGACAAGGGCUGAUAAGGGUUCGUUUGACAAUACUUGUUACGGUGGACGGUUCUUAUCUUGAUCUAAGAUGACCGAGGACUUAAACAUUUCUUUUUCUAACAAAAAACAUGAAUUGUACUUUUGAUUUAGUACUAUGUACAAAUUUGUACGAGAUUCGGGUGGAAUUUAGCAAAAAGUUUGAGGUUUAAAAACUUUUUAUUUUCAAAUCUACUAUGUCCCUUAGUGGUUUAUAGGAAUACUUGCAGUUAAUCUCCGCUUAUCCUGACCAUCGCUAUUUACUCUAUAAAAUAGGAUCUAGUUUUCGCUCCAUUGAUUGUUAUGGUAAUCGUAACCUCUAGAACUUAGGAAUCAUGGCUAUGACUCGAGCUGUUAUUAUUCUGUAUUUAGACUGCAUUUUAUCUUAAGUACCCGAAUGGCGUAUUUGUUUUCGUCUAAAAAUGUUUAACCUUGAGAACUAUACCGUCAAUCUUAAAGCGAGUUUUAGUUCUAAGGAUGUACAAAGGUAAUUUUCCACAAAUGUUACUGAGUUUAAGUUCAUGCAAGCCGCACCCUUUCCAUAAAUACCAGAAGAACGGAAAGCUUUUUUCUCCACCGCAUACUAAAGCGAUUAGCCCCACAAAUACCCGAUAGAUUUGAUUUCCUAAGAACUUAAAAAACGCAAUUUAGCUCGAUUCCAAAAGAGCUUGCCUCUAAUUUUGAAAGUGUUUUUUCAGCUGCAGAGUCUUGAUGAGCAAAGAUGUCCAACUUGGCCUGUCAUUGAGCGCGAUUAUUAGGCCAAAUAGAUGAGUUACAGAUGAAAACAUUGUGUUGAAUUACGGAAAAGCUAAGCACGCCGCGCUAAUAUAAUGCUGUCGGCUCGUAGUGUAGAAGAAUUAACAGUGCUACAAGCACUGCGCGGUUUGGAAAGCUGAACUUCCUAAUCGUCCUUCCGUAGGCUUAAGGUAUCCUAUUCUUACUGGCGCGCGAUCCUUUUUGGUCGCGGCUUUUAAUGCGAUCCUUUCGCGAAAACCGCGCCGUUUAGCACUGUUUUCCAUCCGCUAGCACGACAUACCAGCCGCGAUCAAUUUGCACCCAAAAUAUCAACUCCAGAUGAUUUCACUUCCAUUGCGUUCGAUCACGAAGAAACGUCACUAAACAAAUCGAACGUCGCUAAUUCUAGCGUGUAGAAUACAACACUCGGUGCAAAUAAAAUGAAGAUAUACUAGUGCGAUAAAGAAUAACACCUUCUCAUUUGAGUCAGAUCUAGACUGAUAGAUGUGUUCUGAGAUGUCGGGUUGUGUGGUAAGGCCUGCACACGAUCGGAACUGCUUUUUGUCAGCGCUAAUAGAAAGACUUGAAAGUUUUAAUAGGAUCUCGGAGGUUUUGGCCCUCCAACGAAGUGCUGUUACCCGCACACCCAGACGCCCACCUACCGCUACUCCACUUCUACACUCGUGGGAAUCCUACCCGUCCUCGAAAAUAAACCAGACUCUGAGCGCCAGGGAUUAGAGAUCCCUGUGGUCCGGGUGAAGCUCGCGAGCGUAUUCUCUGUAGGAUAGCGCGUUGUUUGGUAACGCCUCUUGCCUUGCCCCGAACCUAAGGUUACAGGCUUAUUAUUUUAAGCCGAGUAAACUCUAAACAGUGGCACUGCGAUUCAGGAAGUUUAGAGUUAGCUUUGAUAAUCAGAGUUUCAAGAAGCGCUCUUUGAAGAGUAUUUAUUUUCCGUUGAUCAUGACGGUUGUGAGGGCCUUAUCUGAGCAAAUCGGCUGCUUAGAGAAACUUCAGCCCCAGCUUGUACUGAGACAGCCUGGCGCGUGUUAAUGCCCAUACUGGAGAUGCCCAUCUUCUAACUGUUCUCAGUACGCGUGUAUUUGUGCGAGAUAUGCCGGGCUAUCUGAUUAAAGAACCAGAGGAUUUCCUGCUCAUGAAGUUGGCAAAUUAACGCCCGCAUUCAAAGCUUUGAGAUAUUCCCUGUGUAGAAUUCGCGACGCCUAGCGCUGGCCGGCACUACUGCUAAGGGGGCGGUCGAGAAUAAAAGCAUGCGAGCAUUUGGUGAUAUUAAAUUUUCAAAACACUCUUAGGUUUUGUUAUAAACAGUUGUGUGUUUUAACAGUGACAAUACAAUAGCCGUCUUGAUGAUUACACACCAUCUCAUAAUCAACAUGUACACAAAGCCGAGUGAACGUAUCUUACUGAUAACCCCUUCCUCCUCGCACUUAUCGCGCGCUCAAAGCUUUGCAUAUGUGUACUGAGCAAUUCGGCAGCGCCAUAUGAAAGAGAGAUAGAUCCAAGUCCACAUCAAUCGACUCUCGCGUUCGCUUAGAGCAGUGGUGAAUCAUCAGCGCCGAUACUUCGUGUUUCUCUCGUUUAUUCCUGCACCAUGGCCGCAUGUUUCUCCCGCGAGCUUUGCCUUCUGGGAAAUCUCUGCCCCUUGGCAUCGCCUGUAAGCUAUCGCCCGGGAAUACCCACCGACGCGCUACGCCGUACGGGUCUACAGUGUUUCCCUGUGAUCUCAAUGGAAACAGUCAACUCAGAACACCGGUGGAUUCACCCCAUCUCAGGCCAACACGACAGUCCUCACGGAGCAUCAUCCAGCGACAGAAUGCAGCCUACAAACUGCUCCGGCGGCAGCGUGAAUAUAGUGGAACCUACACAACUUCUACCGCCAGAUGAAGUCGAUGUGUUUUUCCACCACCUUGACGGAUCAGGCAAUAGUGGAAACUGGUCAUACGCAGCGGGCCCAAGAGCGUACAGACCGUCCAUGUGUCAAAUGGCUGCUCACGGGCCCACGGCUUUUCAGGACCCGCAAAGUCAAGCGAGUCCUCCUGGGAGCUGUAGCAGGGUUUUCCUGCCAACAGCGCGCGUUCCCGGCAGUCCAGUGUGCCGUCCGCACUUCCAUACUCCAAUCCAGUGGAUUGAGAGCAAACCAGCGCCGGGUCUACACUGUUCUACCCCUAGUGCUGCGUCUGUUUGGUGUCCUCCGUUCCAGCAAAGCCACCGAGGGAACCCAAUGGCAGCCAGCGGUGUGUCCUCGGCUAGCGGAGUCUCUCACUCCUCCAGCCACCUCUUCUCGUUCCCUCCGACUCCGCCGAAGGAGACGUUUGGCAGCAUGGACGGAGGUCCUCUCUCCAGCGAUUUCUUCAGUUACGGAGGUGACGACAAGAGAUUGAAAGGGAUGCAGUAUACCGGUACCCCUCUGCGCGCUGAUGUUCCUCCAUUCGCAGGUUAUCCUCCAGCUCUUCCACAAUACUUUGCUUCAGACCUUAAUAUGCCAAGUUUUGGGCCGGGAAUGCCGGGGAUAAUGGCAAAUAGAAACUUAACUCGAACCAGAACCAAGAGCCGUUCAAACUCAGCAGACGGUCGAGAGUGUGUAAAUUGUGGAGCGACUUCAACUCCGCUUUGGCGUAGAGAUGGUUCUGGCCACUAUCUCUGCAACGCGUGUGGACUUUACCAUAAAAUGAACGGCUCUAGUCGACCACUUAUCAAGCCCAAACGUAGAUUGUCCGCCGCCCGUCGGGCAGGAACGUCUUGCGCCAACUGCCACACAACCCAGACCACUCUCUGGCGCAGAAACCAGAAUGGAGACCCAGUUUGCAACGCCUGUGGACUCUAUUGGAAGCUCCAUGCUGUUAACCGACCUCUCUCGAUGAAGAAGGACGGAAUCCAAACGCGUAACCGGAAAGUGUCUUCCAAAAGCAAAAAUAAAAACAAGAAUGUGAAGCAAGAACCCAAACUUGGAGAUGACCUGAAGCUGAGCUCCUCCAGCCCCUUGAUGAACCAAACAAGCGUCAUCUCAUCAAGUAUUAUAAGCCCGAUGGGACACAAUGGCAUACAUACCCCUACGGCAUUUAGUCGGCCCUCAAUGCCCGGGAUCCCCGGUAUCCAUCCGGGAUUAUACGGACCUAUAAUCCCCGCUCCGACUAGCAGUGCUGGUUCAACGUAUAACAGCAGCUCAACACCGCCGUCGUCUUACUCAUCGACGAUAUGACAAGACUGCAGAGUGAACCUCGGAUAAUGGCGGUCCAUGAAACCGCUCGAGCAAAGAACACUAAACAGCUCUUGCCCGCUCGCAAGCCGCGGCUUUGGCGCAAAAAAUAGAACCCAUAUAUAAAACAAACCUCGUGGAAUUAUAUUAUCGCGAAGUUACUCGCGGAUGAGGACUUUAGUGACAAGAAGGGUGCGACUCCAGCGCCUUUGCUAGUUUGAUGUUAUUAAUUUUGUUGUUGCACAUCGAUGACCACACGUUUGGUACUCGCAUACGUCCAAUGCCGCCGCCUUCAGAGUAUAGUUUGACUGGCGAUUAUGUCUGCCACUAUCGUUCUUCGUCCAUGAAUCUUCCCUUGUCCGAAUGAGCGAUCGCUCUCGACAGGAUAAGUUUAAAAGGGCAGAGACAUACUGCUAAAUAUUGUUAGCCGUUCACGAUAAGAUAGCUCUGUUAUAAAAUUGAACGGGCACGAGAUAAAUGUUCUUUUUGCCUCAAGAUAAAAAUCCAGGUAUUUGAUUUCAUGAUAUUUUUUUGUGUAAUUAGUUUUAUCACGGCUCAUAUAUCAUCCAAGGCUAGGACCACGUUCAUCCAGAAAGAUAUACAAGAUUGUACAGAAAACUCUUAUGAAUAUAUCUACGUCUUCAAGAUUAUAUAAGAAAAGAAAAAAAAAGUAUAUCGACGAUAUCCUGGACGUCAAAAACCUGCAAAGAAAUGCAGGCCAUAACCAAAGACAGACAACCCAAAGAUUUUCAACGCAGUCCUUUUUCGAUAGAUCGAAAUAUCUCCUCUUCUAAGACCGAAAAUGUAUACCAAUUAUUAUUGAAAUAAAGUUGAAAGAUCUGAAA